AUGGGCAAAAGAAAGUCGUCACGCAAAAUCGUAAAGAAGGAAAAACCCAAGCUGGACACGACAUUCGACUGUCUGUUCUGCAACCACGAAAAGUCUAUUAUCGUGUCUAUGGACAAGGAGCACAAGGUUGGCAAUUUGAAGUGCAAGGUGUGUUCGGCCACGUACCAGGCAGCACUGACCCACCUUAGCGAGCCGAUCGACGUCUACAGCGAGUGGGUUGAUGCUUGCGAA